AUGAGUUCUAUGCAUUGCACAAAGUGGUAAGGGAGUCAAUUAAUAGUUAAGUUGAAAAUGAAAUAUUGCAAUUUGGAUUUGCCUUAAUUUCCAUCUAAACACGAAUGGCUCUUUAAAACUGAAAAAAGAAAAGCUGGAUUCCAUCUCUUUUUGAAUAAGUUGGUGAUGAUAGCAAUGCAACAUCCGUAAAUAUAGGGCAAUAUUCUGAAAUUCUUGUAUUACUUUUUGACAAGAGAUUUGCUGGGAAAUCAGAAGUAAACCAUUCUAGCCUCAACGGAUGCUUAAAAUGAAGAUGAGCCAGAUUGGCAAUUUCGAUAUCACAAUUUAUCGACUGAAGAUGCAACUCAAGUGGGAAACUAUAGUUUAGACCAAUAGAAGAAGUUGGCUACAAAUGUGUAAUUGAGAUUCUCAGAUGAUGAGACCUGGCAAACAUUCUAUGGCAAGAUUUAAGAGGGUACAUUGCAAUUAUAUUAACACAUAUCUUAUAAUUACUUCAGUUGUCAAGUAAUAUUGUUUCAGAUCAGAAUUGAAUUAGCAGACGAUGUCAUAUUGAUGUAUCACGAAUACGAUUACUAGAAGAUCUAAUUGACAGUCAACGACCCAGGCCUAUUAAAAUUGUGGUAUACUCAGUUGAAGUUUGCAUCCCAAGAUGUAUUGUAAUAUGAGGGAAUGCAUGACGAUUUCCACUCCUUGGGAAAGGUCUAGAUUCAAGUGAAGGAGGCCAUUAAUCUCAGUAAUAUCAUCUAAGACUCGUUUUUGUUUGUUAAAAUUUCAUUUCCUCCCUUCACAUGUUAAACUAAAUAGCAUGUUUACAGUAAUAACCCGUAGUGGAGUUAGGAUUACAUACUACCUAUAAUAGAUUCUUUUUCUGUGAUAAGAUUAGAAUUGAUCAGUGAAGUGUAGGAUGGCAUUUUGAAGCGAAAGGUCAAACAGUCAAUAAUUGGAGUGGCUGAAAUAUAAGUUGCCGACUUAUUGAGUUAUCAUUCAGGAACGAAGUUUUCGGUAUUAUUUUGUAUCUUAUUUGCCAAUUAGAGAAUACAGUUACCAUUGAAUAAGGAGAGCAACAACAGCGAUGUGUUUCAAUUUCUUAAGAAGCAUCUUUCAAACAUUGAUGAACAGUAGCCUAGUUUGAUUGUGACCUUAAGGAAUAUGUCGAGUCCUUUGUCUCUUUUUGGACCUGGUCCGGUGUUCUCAUAUGAGAAUGAGCAAUUGGAACCAGAUCUCACUGUUAUCAAAAUGAACAUCAUCAGAUUUAAGCGAAUAAUCUCAUUGAUGAUCUAAUUUUAACUCUCUUUAGAAGAUGUUGUAGAUCAAAAGUAUCCAAGAUUAACACUAAUAGUUUUUACAUUUAUGUUCAUCUUCAUUUACAAUGCAGAUUUAAACAACAUCCUGCAAUACUUUGGAUUCAUUUUGCUAUUCAUUCUCACUUACUAACAUCCAACUAUACACCAUUAUGUAGGGCUGUUUUUAGAUAAGUACAUCCUAUGCGAGUUGAAUCAUUAUUAUAAGACUCCUUAGUUGUUCACUUAGGAGGAGAAGGAUCUCAAAAAGAAUACUCAAUCAUUGGAUAAGGUCAUCAAAUUCGAAGGAAAUGAAAUCAAAUUGGAAGUGGAUGAUGAAAAUGAACCAAAGGAAUCCUUCUAUCAAAAAAUAAGAGCUAUCAAGAAGACUUUCUUUAUUGUUUAAUUGUACCUGACCUAUUUGAGUAACUUUGCAGAAAAAGUGAUUAAUUUAUUCACUUGGCAAGAGUACCAUAGAACUCUUUGGUUUCUCUAUGCCUUGUUCUCACUUUACUGUGUUAUUUGUAUUUUACCCAUUAGAUACAUCAUGAUGGCUGGAAUAAUAAAUGAAUGGUUUGAUGGACGCAUAGUCUUUAAGAAAAGGUAGGCUCACAAUUAGAAGAUUGCUAAAGUCAUGAUGGAGUACAUCUACAAGAAACAUGCGCCUGAGUUGGUGUGCAUUCCAAACUAUCUAGAUGUAGCCUUCCCCAAGGGUGAUUUUAGAACAAAAAUGGCUAAUGAAUUGCUCAUGCAUCUGACUGUCUCCAUGAACCAAGAUGAAGCCAAUAAAUAUCAGAAUGGGAACGAAGUUAUCAGAGAUCUCACUACUUGUUCUUAAAAAUUGAAAUGGGUUUCAAUUACAGAUCAUCAUUUUGUGAGGGAUCAACUCUACUAUGAAUUAAGGCAGAAGGGAAAGUUUAGAAUGAAACCACAUUAUCUGGUCUACUAUACCAUUACUAAUUUCAUCUACAAUAUUCCAUCAUAGUAUUAUAGGCUGAGAAGGCCAAUUCAAUUAUUUAAAUGA